CGCAGUCCACUCUGUUUGUUACAGAUUCUAGUUUUGGAAACUGAAAACGGUAUGGAGAUCAAAUGUUUCAUCGUUGAGAUAAUCUGAAGAAUGCCGGUCAAAAUCCACCUCGCUCUAUCGUCUCCCACUGCCGACUGCUGGUCUUCCCCUCAUCCCCAUAUUUGGUAGUGAGCGGAAACGCCAACCGGAUGCUUCACAUUUAUACAUCCGGGGAAAUAUAUGGCUCGUUCUAUCUGCGAUCACUGUGUAUCUGAUGCUAAGGAUAUGUCGUUUUAGCAGUCGUGAUAGUUAGUUAUGACUAUUUAAUUAUCGUGUUCUAAAGGACGAGGUUUGUGUAUACGUAGUAUUUGGUUGUAAAUGAAUCAUUGACAUGGUUGGAAGUAUCGAAUACCGACGUGGAUAACAGUUGAACUGCGCUUGCUUUGUUUUGGACACACUGGUGUUAUUGUGUGGAGUGUUCCAGCCCCUGUGCAUUGAGCGCCUCCUAGUGAUGCCUCAGCUGAGAGGGAAAAAUGUUGCAACCUACCUAGACCUGAGAUCGAGAGGCAUUUUUGAUGCUGGCACUUUGUCAAAACUCAACUUGAAGAUUCUUAGGGGUAUUGUCCUCCAGGACAGCAAAGACUUCACCAAAGUCUGGACCAAGUCCUCAAAAUCCACUAUAUUUUAUGAGAGUGGGAGGAUAUAUUUUGAAAAUUAUCAGUGUUGCUUCAGUAGCCUUCCAUCUGAGCCACAACUUCUGUAUGAAUUACCCAAGCGGUCCAAAGCGGAGAAGAUUGAAGAUGCAUUGCUAUGCCAGUGCCCUCUUGACAAAGCGUUGCCAACACCGUCAGAUCAAAAACCUAGCCUCUUGGCCCUGACUAGCAAUAAUUGGCUGUAUCGCUUCUCAGCUGUGACAGGACAACAAUUGGAGAAAGUUUACUUGUCCCCACAUCACAAGUUCAGAUACCUUGGCUGGGAUGUAUCGCAGGAGACAUUUUAUGUCAAGUCCAUUCAGAAUAAAGUGACAUCUUCAGCAAGACAGGCAGGUUUCAACCAAAACACCUUGCUGUACCUUGCCGUGUUCCGCGUUUUCCCCCUGCAACUUGUGGGCGUUCUGGAGAUCAACAAAAGUAUAUUUGGAAGCACCGUCAUUGAUGUAGUUCUGUCCCAAGGGGUCCUUGCAGUUUCUCACAGUACCAAGACUGUGAAGCUCUACAGCUUUGAAGACAUUCUGAAUAAGUACAUAAGAACGGAAUUGGUUCUUGGGGAGCAGUGUCAUUCAGAAGGCGGUAAAACUGUGGGAGAAGCUCCAUUUGGCAUUCCAGUGAAUAUCCACAUCAAUGAAUGCCCCCCAGUACUGUUUGAGGUGUCAUGCUUCGAUAAUGGAGUACAGAUCGGAGGCCAUCCAUGGCACUAUAUCUUCACCCUACCCCAUAAGAAGCACCAGGGGUCGUACCGCAUCUGCUCUCUCAAGGAUAACACCCUGGCAAAGCAUGGAAUACAAGACAUGAAGUGUUGUUCUCUGGAGUCUGACUGGAUCUACUUCCACCCUGAUGACUCAGGAAGAAUCAUCCAUGUUGGACCUAGCACCAUAAAUGUGCUGAAGAUUCUGAGUGAACUGGAGAGUGAUUCACAGUUUGAUAUAGUGAAGGAGUUUUCCAUCACAGCUCAUCGAGACAAUGCUGCCUCCCAGAUCAAUGUCACUUCCUCAGGCCGCACAGUGAAGAGAAGAUUUUAUCAGCUGGAUGAUGACCCAGACCGAGAGACAUUCCGGAUGGUGGAGUAUGAGGAUGAGCUUGACCUUCUGGCUGUUGUGGAGGUGACCCACAGAGAGGAUGAGGGGAAGGCCCACGUCAGACUCCAUGACAACAACACUGGAGCGUUACUGAAGAGGGUUCCACUUGUGGAGUCAUGGGAUGUGACUUACAGCCACGAGCUGUUCUUUGACAGAGAUACAAUUGUUCAUAUUGAACAGACGAAGAAUAAUAACUUCUGCUGCCAUGUCUACAAAAUCAGUCGUGGACAAGCAGAUGAGUGAAGUUGAGACAAUCCUUCCAAUUGCUAAUGAUGUUAGUCAAAAAGAUUCCUCAAGUAAAUAGCCCUGUUGAAUGUGUUUUCCUAGUUAUUUUUUAUACUUUCUUUCCCAAUAAGGACUACAUGUUGUCAUUCUGUUAUUUUGAAGAUGUUGUUGGUACUCUAAUAAAGUGUCUGAAAUAGUUUUUCCAAUACAACUGUUGGCUAACUGAGCUACCUCUGCAUUUUAUAUUUUAGGACAUAUGAAUUAAGCCACAACAUUUCUAAAUUAACUGAUAAAAAUAGUUAUUCAUGUUUGAUCAUCUGAGAAGAGCUGUGAAUUUAGGAUCUCUGAUCUUUUUUAACCGCAUGUAAGCACAUUCCUGCCACCCAAAAAUAAAAAAAUUAUUGUCAAGAUG